CGCUCCUACUCUGGACAACCGCAAAGGUUUGCGUAAAGGACAGUGUGGUCUCGUGGGCUUCUGUCUGUAAUUUUGGUAUAGGCAUUAAACUUCAUUUCACACGUCUGUUUACCGAGGCCGGAGGAUCUUUCAACCAGACCGGAUUGAUGUUUACUGACAUGGUGUCCAAGUUGACGUCGCUUCAGCAGGAACUCCUGAGCGCCUUGCUGGACUCGGGGGUCACCAAGGAUGUGCUGGUUCAGGCGCUGGAGGAUUUAUGUCCGUGCCCGGCUGAAUUCGGAAUUAAAAUAGAAAAGCCUUUAUCCCCGUCAAGUGCCAACGGCGGCAGCGACUCGGGUGAUUCAAAGCCGGUGUUUUUGACUCUGAACAGCGCGCACGGUAAAGGCAGCAAACUGUCCGGCGAUGAAGGCUCUGAUGACGGGGAUGAUUACGACACCCCACCGAUCCUGCGCGAGCUGCAGUCUUUGAACACAGAGGAAGCCGCGGAGCAGCGCGCGGAGGUCGAGCGAAUGUUAUCAGGGGACCCGUGGCGCGUGGCGCGCACUGUUAAAGGAUACAUGCAGCAGCACAAUAUUCCUCAGCGCGAGGUGGUGGACGUCACGGGUUUGAAUCAGUCUCACCUGUCGCAGCAUCUCAAUAAAGGCACACCGAUGAAGACCACCAAACGAGCCGCGCUUUACACCUGGUACAUCCAGAAACAGCGCGAAAUCGACCGACAGUUCGACCGUGUUCAGGGCCUUGACCACAGUGACUCAGCCAGUCAGGAUCAGGUCCUGUUUUUUUUCCCAGAAUUCAAUCAUGCCGGACAGAAUCCGGGGACUGCGGGAGGUUCCGGAGGGCCGCUCGUAGAGGAGGGCGAGCCAGGAUCCAAGAGAAUGAGACGAAACCGUUUCAAAUGGGGUCCGGCGUCUCAGGAGAUCCUCUACCAGGCUUAUGAACGACAGAAGAACCCCAGCAAAGAAGAGAGGGAGGCCCUGGUGGAGGAAUGCAACAGGGCCGAGUGUAUGCAGAGAGGUGUGUCACCCUCUAAAGCUCAUGGACUGGGGUCUAAUCUGGUCACGGAGGUUCGCGUGUACAACUGGUUUGCUAACCGGCGUAAAGAGGAAGCUUUCCGACAGAAGCUGGCGAUGGACACGUACCCCCCCCACAGUAUGACACCCCUUCUGUCUCACGCAUCAUCACACGCGCAUCACCAUCACAGUAACUCAGAAACAAAACUCCGGUACAGUCAACAAGGAACCAGUGAGGUCACUUCCUCUACAGCCAUCAGUCACCAUGGAAGCAGCCAAUCGGUAUUGCAACAGGUGUCUCCAGGUGGUCUGGAUCACUGCCACAGUUUGUUAUCGUCGGAUGCCAAAAUGAUCACGGUGUCAGGUGGAGUUUUGCCUCCUGUGAGCACCCUGACCAACAUUCACAGUCUUUCUCACUCAUCUCAUCAUCACCAGCAAGCACAGAGUCUCAUUAUGAGCCUGGCUGCUCAAAGUCUGGCAUCUCCUCAGUCUCAGAGCGUGCCCGUCAUUAACAGCAUGUCUGGACUCACUACCCUGCAGCCUAUGCAGUUUUCCCCGAGCUCCAGCCUCACACAGCUGACCACAGCACACAUCUCCCAGCAGCCCUUCACACAGUCACACAUGUACUCUCCUAAACAGGAAGUUGGUCAGUUUUCUCAUGCUUCUCGAUACGCAACUAUGGACACCAGCGCCCUCACACACUUGGGCUCCAGCAAACAGUGUCCUCUGCAGGCCUGGUGAAUGAACACGCUGAUGUGAGAACUUCCUCGGCAGCUUAGCAACAGGAGGGCCUACCAUCUGCUAUUCUCAGUUACUCUGGUAACCUCUCAGCUUGGAGAACCGAAAGGUGCAGCACUGCCUCUGAAUUGAAAAACUGAUUUAUACAUUACACCUCUAAGCCAUAGCAGAUAUAAGCACAAACUGCUGGAACUUGUCAUGACGAUGAAAUACUUAGCCGAAGGUUUCCCUCCGAUCUGUAUCGGAUGAUGAAAUCUAUGAUAUUGUAUAUACUGUACACUUUAAUGAGGAACAAUGUUUUGUUAUAAAUUGAUAAAAAGAGGUCAACAUGUGAGCCAAAACAAAACAAAUUUUUUGACCACACGUAUGUCUGAGAUUUGAAAUAUCUAUAAUAGAAAAAUCAUCACAUUGCAAUGUAAAAUCAGAUUCCUGUACAUUAGAAAAUGGUGUCUCCAUUUCAAUGCAUGGACUUGCACAUAAAUGGUAAAAUCCCAAAAGAUGCUACCGAUGUUAUUGCUUCUCAGGGAUUGAUUUCACACUACUCCAUUGCAGUUAAUGUUUUGAAGAUGUGUGUAACUGCCCAAAGGCUGGGCUAUUUUUAUAUAUGUUUUGGAAUCACCGCAAUCAUAUUUAUAUUUGUGUAAAUUGAGAAAUAAACAAUGCAUUUUUGAAGAAUA